AAACAUGCAUUGUAAGUUGCGGACAUGCUAUGCGCUUAUCGUAGUGAGCACAUGUGUAUCAAGCUUGAUUGGGUUAUUUCACCUGUCUCAUCUAUAUCAGCGCUUUUCAUCGUGGCGUCUGACUAGACCUCAUCGAUACUGCGGACUUAGUGAUAUGUCCUUCGAUGAAUCGGUGGCAGAGAGAGUGAAGACAGCGGCUUUGUUACAAUUAGAGAGAGGAAGAGGAGAAGGAGGCAGGAGAAUAAGUGCACUGCCUGCCUGUUCGGAGAAAUCGAGAGACUUAGGCUUGCAAGGUCGACGAGUUGUGAAUAUGUCAUUAGAACUUACAAUAGAGCAACUGAACGCGAAAGAAACAAGAAUGAAGAAUGGUGGAUACUACAAGCCAACACACUGUCACUCUCAACACAAGGUUGCCAUAAUUAUUCCUUAUAGAGAUCGUUAUUCACACCUCUUGCUGUUUCUUCAUUACAUGCUUCCAAUUUUCAUUCGACAAAACAUUGAAUUUCGACUUUACAUCAUUGAACAAGCUGGAGACUGUCCAUUCAAUCGUGGUAUGCUGUUCAAUGUGGGUGUAUUGGAAGCAUCUAAAGAUGAAACGUGGGACUGCUAUUGUUUUCACGAUGUUGAUUUGAUGUUGGAAGAUGACAGAUGUUUAUACACUUGCCCUAAGAAAGGUCCCAGAGCUCUUGCAAUUGCGUUAGACAAGUGGAAUUAUGAAAUCAUACACAAGUAUCUCUUUGGUGGAAUCGUCAUCAUGUCCAGACAACAAAUUUUGAGCGUCAACGGUUUCUCCAAUCUGUAUUGGGGAUGGGGAGGAGAAGACGAUGACUUGCUUGCAAGAGUUGAAAUGAUGGGCAUGAAGGUCGAACGUGAGGACAAAUCGGUGGCAAGAUAUACAACUUCUUCUCAGGAUCACAUUAGUGCUCCACAAAAUCCUGUCAGAUUUGAUCUAUUGUUUGAUGCUCGUUAUCGGGUGAGCAUGGACGGUUUAGAUACUACAGUUCACAAAGUGAUAUCUCGCAAGGAGUUUCCACUCUACACGAUCAUUACUGUUGCAUUGGGAGACACCGGUAAUCAGAUACCUCGAGCGUAUGUUGGACAGUGAUGUGGGCAUUGUGUAUACUUACAACAGAUCCGACCUCAAGAUGAUUUUUGUCUGCGUAAUUUUGUGUGACGGUGGCAGCUCUGUCAAAGUUAAUUAACGCAGGCGUUGCGUUUACUGGAGAUUGUUGAUAGUUCUAUUUGUACAUAAUGCUGCAUAGUGGCAUGAUUUUUACUUUACUUUUGCUGUUCUGAUGUGUUUUGGCAGCAGCAGUUCUUGGCUGCCUGUAAUCUAUGUUAUUUAUGCAAGAGAAAGCA